AUAAAAAUCGAUUUAAAAAGAAAGAGAUAACGAUAAUGAGUCAUUCGAAAAAUCAUUUCAACAUGGAAAUGAUGCGGAUUCCUAAAGAAGACUUGUACACUUUCUCAUUCAGACUCCCAUAACUUGAACAUUGAAUGAUGGGAACAUAAUUGCUUAAAAAAAUCUGAUGAUGAUUUUGAUGAAAUUGUAGUAAUUUGAAUGUGCUUUAUAUUGGUCGAAUGAUGAUAUUCCGCAGCCAGAUUUGUUGACAGCGAAACAAUGUCAUCCAUUGAUUGCUGGUCCUGGUGCACUUCGAGCAUCAGCCAUAGCGGCCACAUUGAUUCGUUUGACGCCGGAACAACAAGAAGCGAUUGCGAAGGCGAAAAAAUAUGCUAUGGAACAGUCAAUAAAAUCAGUAUUGGAGAAACAGACGAUCGCUUAUCAACAACAACAGCAACGUUCACUUCAACGACAUCAGGCACUUGUAUUGAUGUGUCGAAUAUAUGUUGGCUCGAUUAGCUUCGAGCUCAAAGAAGAUACUGUUCGUCAAGCUUUUAGUCCGUUUGGACCGAUAAAAACAAUAAACAUGUCAUGGGAUCCAAGUACACAGAAACAUAAAGGCUUUGCCUUUAUCGAAUACGAAGUACCGGAAGCGGCACAUUUAGCUUUGGAACAAAUGAAUGGAUUCAUGAUGGGCGGAAGAAAUAUAAAAGUUGGUCGUCCAUCCAAUAUGCCUCAAGCUGCUCAGAUAAUUGAACAGAUUCAAAAUGAAGCAAAAUCAUUUAGUCGGAUUUAUGUAGCAUCCAUUCAUCCAGAGUUGACCGAACAGGAUAUAAAAUCAGUAUUUGAAGCAUUUGGCAAAAUAAAUUCUUGUAAAUUGGCUCAAUCUCAAUCAGGAAAACACAAAGGAUAUGGUUACAUUGAAUAUGAAUCUGAACAGUCAAUGGUUGAAGCAAUAUCAGCUAUGAAUUAUUUUGAUUUGGCUGGUCAACAUCUGAGAGUGGGAAGAGCCAUAACACCACCGAAUUGUUUUGAAGCAAGCACUCCACAAGUAACUGCUUCAUUACCUACAGCAGCAGCUAUUGCAGCUGCCGCAGCUACCGCCAAAAUUCAGGCCAUGGAUGCAAUGGCUAAUUCAACUGGCACAACUACAUCGAAUGCUCCACAAACGACUUUCACUUCGGGAUUUUCUUCACAACCAGUCACCGCCCAAAUCGCACCUGGUUUGAUCACAGGAGCAACCUAUCCCACAAAUGUACCCCCAAUUGUCACAAUACCUCCACCCACUUUGGUUACGACACUUCCUUUGUCGAUAAAAAAUGGACGCCCAAAUGGUACAAGUACUAAUGGUACAAAUAAUAAUGAAAUAUAUUCCGCUGCUACUAUCGCUUCGAAUAACUUGCCUGUCAACCAAAAUGAAGAUGGCAGCCGAAAAUUGGAUCAACAAAACGACAAAUCAAAUGAAACGAUUCAAAAAGAAGAAGAACCACAAACUUUACAGCAACAAGAAAAUGUCGUUAUAAAAGGAUCGAAUGCUCGUCAAGUAUUGAUGCAUAAAUUGAUGAGAAAAAAUGAGUCAAGAGUGAUCGUCUUGAGAAAUAUGGUCGCUCACGAGGAUAUUGAUGACCAAUUGGAAUCCGAAGUGACCGAUGAAUGUGGAAAAUAUGGCAUUGUCAAAAAAGUAAUCAUCUAUCAGGAAAGCCAAUCCGAAGAUGAUGAAGCAGAUAUCAUUGUUAAAAUCUUUGUUGAAUUUACCAGUCUAUUGGAGGCAGUCAAAGCACGUGAUGCAUUAAAUGGCCGAUAUUUUGCUGGAAGAUUAGUAAAAGCCGAACUUUAUGAUCAAAUCCUUUACGAAGACAAUGAUUUAUCUGGUUGAUAGUGUUCUCUCUAUUUGCAAAUGUGUGUCCUGUUCUAUUCAUUAAGACGAAAAUUAUAAUUAGAAUCAUAUCUAAUUGAACUUUUCAUGUACACCACGUCAUUACAGAAGAAUGUUGUUGUUGCUGUUGUUGUAAUAAAGAACCAAUGUUUAAUUUUAUCAAA